AAAUGCGCGCUGAUUGGCAACACCUGUGUUGAUCGGCAAGUGUCACGUGUAGCUAGCUCGCGUCCGCAGCGGUGUUUUUGGGGGGCCGGUUCCGUUGUGUUUCAUUCUCGGAUGAAUAGAACACGCAAAUGUUGAUAUCAGUUGUCGUCAGUUGUCUUCGCGCUGUCAUGUUCCUGCUGCUGGCCAGCAGUAGCCGCCCGCCGCCGGUCCGUUGCUCUGCUGGCCACACGGACGCGCUGCACACCGUGAGCGAGUCCGUCAGCCAGUUCGCCUACGGCAGCAUCUUCUCCCCGCUGCUCAAAGCUCUGUCCGACCACGGCGGCUCCGGCUGGAACCCGGCCUCCAGGAAGAAGGUCAAACCCGAGCACAAGUACAUCAAGUAUUUGACGGAUGUUUACAAGAGGACGUCCAGGGCGCACAGGAGUCUAGACUGGGGUGUGCACUACAACGUCGUCAGACUGAUCAAGCCGCAGGAGCAAUGUCUGGCGAGAAGCCACAAAGAGAGUUUCAAACUGGAUCUGUCCUACAGCCUUGAUCAAGUUCGAGAAAAGGAGCAGCUUAUGAAGGCGACGCUGCUGUACAACUCAGCCCGUGUCAACUCCGUGUGCUACCUGAGCAUCAAGGAGCAGGAGCACUCGAACAAGUGUCCGCUGUGUGCUGGCAUCCGCCAAGCUGUGAACUUCACCUCCAGAGCGGACGACCCAGUCGGAGGAAGCUGGUUGGAGGUCGACAUCACUUUGCUUCUCCGGCCUUUCUCAAAAUUGCCCAAGCAGAAUAUACAACUUCUCAUCAAUGUGGUCUGCCCUGAAGAGCCGCAAGCUGUGGAUGCUGGUCACAAAGGCCCUUUGGAGUUCACAGUGGACCCGCCUCCUCUGCUGCUUUAUCUCCAGGACGACAGCAAAGCGUCUCGCCAGGCGUUGCCGUCCACUGCCGCUGAGACGCUUGGCAAGCAGAUGAUUAUCAAGGCCACUCAAAUGGCUCGAUCAAAGAGGCGGCGGAAGAGGGAGUCCGCAAAGAGCAAGAGAGGCGAUAAAAGCUUGGACAUCCACCUGCCGGAGCUUCUUCCCAGCUCUGAAUUCCCCACAAGUUACUGUGACUUGUACGAUUUCAGACUGAGGUUUAGCCAGCUCAAACUGGAUCACUGGAUCGUUUUCCCGCCCAAGUAUAACCCCAGGUACUGUCGAGGCAUCUGCCCGAGGACCAUCGGCUUCAUCUACGGCUCCCCCGUGCACACCAUGGUGCAAAACAUCAUAUACGAGAAGCUUGACUCCUCCGUGCCCAGGCCCUCGUGUAUCCCCUCCCAUUACAGCCCCCUAAGUGUCAUGAUCUUCGAAGAGGACGGCUCCUACGCGUACAAGGAGUUCGAAGACAUGAUCGCGACACGGUGCACCUGCCGCUAAACCAAGCGACCGAAUCGGCCUUCCCUCCACCCCCCCGAACAAAUUGAAGAGAAUAUUACCAUGAACCCUUUUGGUGUGCUAUUUACGUAUAAGAUGUUCUGACCAGGCUCGCUGAUUUCAUCAAGUUAUAAAAUAAUUGUGCAUAUAGGAUGUUUGCUCUGGAGCAGGUUUGUUUACUUAAACAAUGUAUUUUAACAUUGUGAAAAGAAAAAAAUAUUAUUUCAUUUCUGUUGAUGCCUUAUCAGAAAGGAUGCAAAUGCAUCCUGUGUUUCAACGAAAUACAAUAUGGUAUUGGAUAUGAAACACUUGAUAAAGAAAAUGUAUAGUAUAUGAUUUUGCGUUAUUUUAAGUUAUUUUUGGUUAACUUAUUUUUUUGACUUGGUUGUCUGUCAAUAUUGUUUGAUUUAAUACAGUUCACAAAUUUUAAGUAGCCCUGUUCUGGACCCCCCGC